UUGUCUUGAGCUGCUUUCUUCAUCGACUCCUCUACGCUAUUACCUCUACGUCUUUUCCUCAUUCAUUCGAAUACGUUGCGUGUUCUGGUCGUUUUCACGCUUAGUUCAUUCAUCUUUCGGAGGAAUAAAGGGAGAAAAGGAAAUAAAAGGGAACAAAAGCGAAGAAAGGAACUAACGCUUGCGACGGAAAAGGAAAAAAGAAACGCGGGAGAAGCAGGGUUGGUAUUGACAGAAAGAUACCUCAGAGAAUGGCGUACAGCUGGGACAAUCGAGUUGAUUUCAUUGUACGAUUUCUUUACGACACAGACAACAAUGGCAGAUUGGAGAAGCACGAUUUUGAGUGCAUGGCUCUUAAGAUGACUUUAAUCGAGGGAAAAGGAGAGUUUAGUUAUAGUCGGUAUCAAGAGAAUCUACACAUCAUGCUUUCCUUAUGGGAAGAAGUUGCAGAACUCGCAGAUUUCAACAAGGACGGCAUUGUAACAAUUGAAGAGUUCAAGGAAGCUGUACAAAGAAGUUGCGUUGGCCGAGAGUAUAGAGAUUUCCCACAGGCGAUGAAAAUGUUUAUCGACAGUCACUUUAAGAUAAUAGAUUUAAAUGAUGAUGGUGUGAUUGCAGCCGAUGAAUUUCGCUAUAAUUGCGUGUCAAGGAUUCCCGUGGAUAACAUUCACAUUUUAGACGAGGCCUAUCAAAAUCUUCUUAAUGACGACGAUAGGAGGCGAGGAGGACUAACUCUGUCCCGUUAUCAAGAACUGUACGCGCAGUUCCUUGGUAAUCCGGACGAGAAUUGCCCAGCGGUUCACCUAUUUGGUCCUUUACAUGCGAUGGGUUAAACUUUGUUGUUUCAAGAUUCAUUUCUCACGUACAUGUACAAAAGGCAACCCUAUUGUAUUUAAUACGUAAUUGUUAUUAAUUUAUGUAA